AUGCUCGAUCGAACACUUAUCCGUACUGCUCUCUCUGGCCCGGCCAAGCAGGCGAUAGCCGCUGCUUUAUGGGAUACCCCUGGCUCAGAAGUCGAGUCCGACCUCAGAUUCUACUUCAAGUACUACAUCCAACAGUGCGAACUGAUUGCGCUUCACGAGGGUGGGAGCCAUACGCCUCUGGCAACCCAUGCAGACAUCAUGGCGAUUGUUCACCUAUUGAGAAGUUCCCGUACACGCGAAGAAGUCCACCAGAAGCUGUUACUGUCCUGCAAUCUUCCUGAUAGCGAUGCUUGCUGUAGCCACUCCAUUGAUCUUGCAGCUCGCAUUCUGCUCAUGGUCGAGUUUGGCAACCUUCCUUUUGCCUAUUCAGGAUCCAGACAGAUAGAAUGGGCAAAAGGCAGUCUGAAGCAGUGGGUCACAGAGCGGUUCGAAAGCAAGCCAGUCCUUGGUCAUAGUAAAGUAAAGCUCGAGAAGACAUUCAACGCCAACAAUCUAGGCAAGAUAGCGGGCAUAGAAGUCAUCUGGACCAACAACCUCGCUGACCAUCUCCGCCUUCUGAAAGACGACCAGGCAGUGGCAGUAUUUCAUCAUGCUUCCUUUCUGAAGCGUCAACGAAGCGAUACAACGCUCUUUUCGAAAGAUUUCAUUGAGGAGACCCUGAAUACCAUGGCUCUGCUAUUUCCCAAGUGGGAUGGGGACACUAGAGCUUGGUAUCAAACACAAGCUUCUUUACGCGGCCUCGAUACUCUGUUGAUUGAGAUCGGGCAACUAGAUGCAGAUGAAAGACAAAUUGAGAAGUUUACUUAUUGGCACGAUCGUUUGGUUAUAUUGAAACAAGUGUUUGAUGAAUCUCGGCCACGUGCUCUCCGGCAAUGGUGGCACGAUCGAAGGAAUGGGGUUCAGUGGUAUACCUUUUGGGUUGCGAUUCUCGUUUUUCUUCUAACGGUAUUCUUCGGGUUGGUACAGUCUAUUGAGGGGGCUUUGCAAGUUUAUAAGGCGUUCAACCCGUAA